UCUCGUGCAUUGAAAAUUGAAAAUCUGUUGGAUUUAUAUUUUCUUAUCCGCCUAAUGAGAUGUUGUUGAAUGGAGGAGUUUUGAGAUUUUGUUUUUUGAAAAUGGCUCAGUCUUUCUACGCAUUCUACGCUCAAAAUUCCGGUGGAGACUUGAGAAUUAAUCAUGUCUGGCAGUAAAGUUGAGGUGAUCUUCAGCAAGGGCUGUUCGAGGCUAUUUGUUGGGAUUUCAUCUUCUUUCCGAGGGAUGCAAACUUUCGAGGCAAUGUCCCCAGCUUCCUCUGCUAUGUCUCAACCCGACGUUCGAGCCGGUGGUCCUUUCGCUGGUCUGGUUAUAUGUGUCACUGGGCUAUCCAAAGAAGCAAGGAAGCAGGUCAUGGAUGCCACAGAGAAAUUAGGUGGUCAAUACAGUCGCAGUUUGCAUCCAAAAUGUACUCACCUGGUCGUCCAAAGCUUCAGUGGACGAAAGUUUGAGCAUGCUUUAAAGCAUGGAUUGAGAAAUGAUCUUUUUGUUGUCACCUUGGGAUGGUUCAUGGACAGUGUCAAGAGGAAUGUGAGGCUGAGUGAAUCGCUUUACAGUGUUAAAACUGUUGGAGAAAGUGGUUUACAAAUGGAGGAGUUGAAUCGGCCUCUGGGGUUCAAUGCCACCGAGAACACUUGUCUGCCAGCUGGUGUGCAUGAUGAUGCUAAGCAACAUAGCACCACUCUGCAACCACAUCCGUACUUUACUGGAAAGGAGAAUAGUAGGAGCGAGAAAGCAGUUCUUUCCAGUCAUUCCAUAUUCAUCGAUUCAGAUAUUUCAGCAGAACUGCGAAGUAAGGUUGUUGAGACAGCUACUGAAGAAGGGGCUACAAUUGUAGAUUGCUGGUUUGUUGGUUGCCGUGCAAGUCAUGUAGUGUGUGAAGGAUCUGCUGUUCGGAGAUAUCUUGGCCACACUGAUAAUGUUGUUACACCAUUGUGGAUUCUCAAAACAACAAAGGAGAAAAAUAAGCAAAGGCUCGUGCACAUGUCUCCUGAUUUAGCAAGGCAGGUUGGCAUGAUCCUGGAAAAUUUUCAGAACCUUAUUGCUGAGAAGGAAGCAAACAGGGUUGGUGCCUGUCAAGAUCCACUGAAUUCACAACUAGCACACAAAGAAUUUAUAGAAAGCCCUGAAGAAAGACAGAAGAUUGUUAACUUGGCAAAAGUUGGUGUCAGAAAUCGUCGUGGCUGCCAUAUGCAGACAUUUCAAGCUCCGAUACGCCCAAUUGCCCCGAGCAGCCUUCUGGAUUCAAUCUGCUGGUCAAUAUCUGAGCCAACUUCAACUGCUUGUAUUUAUACAGAUUCUGCUGGUUUUGAGGGUGUAAGCGACCAAGAUACUUCUGUGUUCUUUGAUACAAGAGGGGGUGGAAGGGAUCCAGAAGCUUCGUUUGAGAAUUUCUCCCGUCCUCUCAGAGAAAGUGAAAAGUCAGAGUUGAUAUUCAAAAACCACUUUCUUACAAUUUUGUUUCCAAUCGACCGAUUUGGUGAGAUGGGGCCUUCUUCAAGAACAUACUUCAACGAUAAAGGUUUUACAUGUUUGCAGGUGUUAGAUCAUAUCUAUGCAUUUUAUCAGGAAAACAUGUCACCAGAUGAAGUAGAUGGUGCAAUUCAUACGGACUCUAGGUAUGCUGAUCGGCUUCGAAUGGUCUAUGCCAGCCAAGAGACAGUAGAACCCGGUUAUGUGCGAUUCAAGCGGAUUGAUUUUCUGGGUAGUCGUAAAAGCUUUGAAAUGUUGAAGCGUGUUAGUGGGGAUAACAACAGCAAUGUGUAUGAGCUGUUGGUCAGAGCAUGAGAUGUCUUUCCUAUACAA